UUUAGUGGAGUAAUAUAUUUUUUCAUAGUCACUCACCGACAGGAGAAGGAAGGGAGCAGUAGGUGGCGCCCUCACUACGUUCAUCGCUGAAGCCUCGCUCUUUCUCGCGGGAUUUCACACUGACAAGGAAGUGAUGCUGUCAUUCUUUUCACCGCCGAUUUCAGAGUUCAGCGGUUUUCAGUCAGACGUUCUUUCCUAAACGAAUGAAGUUCAACGAAUGUAUCUGUACCCAGGGCCGGUGUGGAUUCAUUUUAAGUCCUAUCAUGCUAGGAGUUUCAUGCCUUAAACUGGGCCACUUGAUUUUUGUUUUAUGUAUUAUUUUUUUGCGAGGUUCCGCUGUCAGUGGAGUCAAAAGAUACACGUCAUCAUUAGGGUUGCCAAUUAACUUCAUAAAUGGAAAAAAGAGACAAAUGCGUUUCUUUAUCUUUAAUUCUUGUAUUCUUAAGUGUUUAUUCUAAAUAAGGGACGCCCCAAAUAUGUACCAUAAUGUAUGUCUUCUUGCCUGCAGUUAAAAAGCUCUGAAAUAAUAUUUGUUUUGUUUAACCCGUUUAUGUACAAUAGCCUAAUUAUAAAAAUAAUUUUAAUGUCAUGCAAAAAUAUUGGCCUGAGUAAAUUGUACCAUUAUAGAAUUGAUUUCACUAGUUGGCUAAUUUAUGAGAUGAAAAUACUGUGAGUUUCAAACAGCAUUAAAUUUGAAUGCAUAACAACAGAAGGUCUACAAUGUCAGUCAAUAAAGCAUUUUUGGACGGUGUCCCUCAGGAGCAACCCGCAGAUUAUUCCGAUUGGUCUGAAAGUCUUCCUCACAAAAUAAUUAUUGAUUAUCAAUUAAGAAUUUGUUAUUGAUGUGGUCCGGUGAAAAUAAUAAUAUGUGCUGCUAGAAAAUAAUAAAUAAAAAGAGUGAGGCUGCAAUGAUUGUAAACGGGAACAUGACAACACAACGAUCCCUUGCGGCCAAAAAACAAACCGGCACACCGAUUCCUCCCCCCUGCCUGCUCCCGAGCUCUGCCCAUCCGGGCCUGUAACUUACCUAUAGAGAAUGAGAGCAUCACGUGUCAGGCUGUUCAUCUAUUAACUUAGAUGUGUGUUAUCCGCAUAAGUCACGAGACCUGGAGGCAUUCAUCGCCAGAGAUAGCCUAUUUAUCUUCGUGUACACUUAAGUAUCUUCGUUUAGUUUAUAACUGUCGUUUUAAAUUUAUCCUUAUAUAAAAAUAAAUAUACGUAUAUCCUUAUACACUUUGUAGUACCAUGUAUAACUCGGAGAGGGUCCCUGAAACAAGUAUCGAUCAGAACCAAACUAAUGGAUGCAGAAGUGAUGUGGACUCUGACAAGGCAGAUCAAUAUAAAGCAGACCCCACUGAUUCAAUCCCAAGAAGACCUUCCAGAAGAAUCGUUCUUCACUUUGAUCUCAACAACACAAUCCUUGUAUCUAAAGGAGUCACAAGACAAAGAACUGUAGCUGCUCUUGAAUACUUCCUGUCCACUGUGACCUGGGGGCGCAUGACCAAAGGUAAAUGGCAGUGGUUGUCAGAAGUACCAUCUCUCCUCCAGCCUUGUGAGGGUGCCAUCACAUACUACACACAGUUUGGCCGAGUGGCAGACUUCACCACCGUAGGCCCAGGCCGACAGUUCCGGAAGGUCCUGGAGGAACAUCUAGAGCUGCUCCAAUGGCCGUCAGACAUCCCUGCAGACAAAGAGCUGUCUGUUAAGGGAGAAGAUGGGAAGCUGUAUCACUGGAUCCUCCCUUCCUUCUUCCAGAUGCUGCAGGACUUGGCUUCACAAGGUGUGGAGUUCUCCGUCCUGUUCCGUACAUUCGGCUCAGAUCUGCCCCGUGUUCUGAAUGCCGUCAAGCGUGUUGUACAGCAGGGCUCACAUCCACUCUUCCCCGACCUCCCAGCUCUGAAGCUGAGGGUGAAUUCGUCCGCCGGACGCAUCAGGUGCAGCGGUAAAGGCACAACACUGAUUCGUGGAGAAGAACACUUGUCCACAAGGGAUGGAGAACGGCAUGUUUACCAGUACCUGAGCUCUGCUGUGGGUCUGGGUGGCUUCCAAGACCACUUUGGCUGGUGGGCACGGAACACGUACUCCAUUUUAGGAGGAAAGCCACUCUGGAUUGACCCUUUUGACAACAAAGUUCAGCAUAUCUUCAUUGAUGACAAUAUUCGACAAAACGAUGAAGACUCUAUUGUCCAUCCUAAGGUGUUUCUGGAGCCUGAGGGCUUGCAGACUCGAACAGCCUCCGCAUCAGAGCUGUAUGAUCUGUGUCUGAUACAGAACGACCUGCUGAAGGCCAUUUCUGAGCCUAGGUAUUUCACCCAACGCAUCCAGAUCUGCAUGAAGAACUAUGAGGGGAACAGACAAACAGGAUGGCCAAAUGAAGCUCAAGUCAAGUCCGAGUCGGUAAAAUGAUCCAAAUUUCCCAUCAUUAAUUUGCGUACUUUGAACUGAGAAAUGCACGCAGACCUACAUCACCAGACUAUUUGCCUAAUCUUCACAGAGCUUUAGACCACAGUGGAAAUGCAGACAGCAACAGGUCUGGGGAGAAUAGUUCCUGGUUCAAAUGUUCAUUAUGUUAUUUCAGUGGAAAUGUGGCAAUAGUUAAGGGUCAUGUUUUUCCCCAAAGAUCUAACAAUCAUAAACAGCACAUGCCAUAGUUGUAUGUAGACGUUAUUAUAAAGGAACAAAGAUAGUGUGACCAACAACAUUCUCGGGAAAAUUCAAGGGUAGUUUUUUGUAUUAUUUUUAUUUUGAUGCAUUUAAAACCAAAUUAGUUGAAUAUCAAAACGCUUGAUAACUGUAGACAUAUUUUGUGAAAUUUAUUUUCUCCUUUUUUUGCACACAUAGUUUGAAACCCUUUUGAUUUGCUCUAACAUUAAUUUGAAUCUGAGACUAACCAAAGCAGAAUUUGCUUACAUGUUCACUGGAUUGAGUUGCUCAGAGUUUACAUUAAUGCGGUUUUAGAUGUAGUUAUUUAAAUCACAUUGCAGUUACAUGCUAAAGUAUCUGCAUCCUCCUCUCUAGGUACAAUGUUCUGAGGUAAAACUUUCUUUUGAUUAAAACUUUUAAUGUCUAAAACAAUGUCUAAUCAUAUUCAGAUUUUCCAACAAUAAUUAAUGUGUUUUGAUUUUAGUGUAAUGCAGUUUUUCACUUUGAUUUUUGCAUCCAUUUUCACUCACCGUGAUUGGAGGAUUAAUCUACUGAAGCUCGUCAUCUCACAGUUACUGCUUUAGUGUGUUUUGCUACUUAAUGCAUUAUUUAUGAUGGCUAUUUUGAAGUAGGUUAUUUUGUUUUAUGAUUUGUCAUGGUAAAAUUUUCAUUUGAAGAGAGUUGCAAAAUGUAUUAGCUAUUGGCCCAAGUGUUAGGGAUAGAAUACUGCCAUCUGCAGGUUAAAGGAAAAACUUUAGGAAUUACAGUAAAAGAAAGAAAGUGCAAUGACCACAUAUUGGUACAUCCAGCAGAGGUCCAUAGGGACAUAUUCAUUUUCAGAUCGGUUUCAAGUCAAUUUCUCUUCAUGUUUCAACUUCUCACAACUUUAUGAUUUAUAUUUUGUGAAUAUAUAUUUAAACAUUCAAAAAUAUAUAUAUAAAAAAAAAUAUAUAUAUAUAUAUAUCAAAGAUUAGAAUGUCUUGUUGUUGUCUGACAUCUCUUGAAUUGUCUGCUUUUGUUUAUGUAAAUAUAAAUUAGGUUACAUAAAUUUGCAGAAAUCUCUCUCUCUCUGUGUGUGUGUGUGUGUGUGUGUGUGUUAUGUCUACCCCUUCACAUUGUUAUGCAUUUAUGUUCUGUGCAUUUUAUUUGCCAAAAUCUAAAAAAAAUGGCCUGGACACCUACAGUAUGUCACCAGGGCCGGCCCUGACCAAUUUGCUGCCCUAGGCAAGAUUUUACCUGGCGUCCCAUGCAUCACAGCCCAUUUC